GCGCACGCGCUUAACGCCUGAGUUUAAAUUCGUCAGUGACAGAGAUUUUUUUUUUACCGGCUUCAAGAAUCGAUUCGAUUUGUGGAAUUAAAUUGAAUCUGAUUCUGAUUCUGAAAAUGAUUCUGAAAGCGUAAUACAGACUCAAACCGCUUGGUGGCGAUAAGCGACAUUUUGGAUGAAUUGGACCCACAGAAGAAGAGCAGCAGCAGGAAAGGCGGAGAAACACAAGCUAGUCCUUUAGAGUCUGGUGCAAAACACGCAAAAAAAACAACAUGGUGCCUUUUAUUUCAGUCGCUGUCAGAGCUUCGGCUACAAAUAAAGUUUCUGCAGUGGUUCUGUCCAGACGCUCCUAUGCCAGUUUCACUCCUCAAGCCAUCUUUGAUAUUAAGCCAUGUGAGGUCCACCGGCUGGACCAGGGUCCUCCGACACAAGCCGUGCUCACUCGAGAGGAAGGACUGAAGUACUAUCGCACCAUGCAGAUCAUGAGACGCAUGGAGCUGAAAGCAGACCAGCUGUACAAGCAGAAGAUCAUCCGAGGCUUCUGUCACCUCUACGAUGGACAGGAGGCUUGUGCAAUGGGCAUAGAAGCUGCCAUCAACCCCUCCGACCACCUGAUCACAGCGUACCGAGCUCACGGGUUCACCUACACCAGAGGAGUGUCUGUGAAGGAGAUUCUGGCUGAGCUCACAGGACGGAGGGGCGGAGUCGCCAAAGGUAAAGGAGGCUCCAUGCACAUGUACGCCAAGAAUUUCUACGGCGGAAACGGCAUCGUGGGAGCUCAGGUUCCCCUCGGGGCUGGAGUGGCUCUGGCCUGUAAGUACAUGGGAAGUGAUCAGGUGUGUGUCGCGCUGUACGGUGACGGAGCUGCCAACCAGGGGCAGAUCUUUGAGACGUACAACAUGGCGGCGCUGUGGAAGCUCCCGUGCAUCUUCGUCUGUGAGAACAACAAGUACGGCAUGGGCACGGCGGUGGAGCGAGCCGCCGCCAGCACGGACUACUACAAGCGAGGGGAGUUCAUUCCUGGACUGAGGGUGGACGGCAUGGACGUACUUUGUGUCAGGGAGGCCACCAAGUUCGCCGCUGAUCACUGCAGAUCCGGCAAGGGUCCAAUCCUUAUGGAGCUUCAGACUUAUCGUUACCAUGGACACAGCAUGAGUGAUCCUGGAGUCAGUUAUCGGACCCGUGAGGAGAUCCAGGAAGUGCGCAGCAAGAGCGACCCAAUCACCAUGCUGAAGGACCGACUAAUUAACAACAACAUGGCCAGUGUGGAGGAGCUUAAGGAGAUUGACGUGGAGGUGCGUAAGGAGGUGGAGGAUGCAGCGCAGUUUGCCACAUCCGACCCCGAGCCCAUGCUGGAGGAGUUGUGUAACCACAUCUACUACAACCAGCAGCCCAUCGAUGUGCGCGGCACAAACCCCUGGACCAAGCUCAGGUCCACCAGCUGAACAUCUGCAGCCACGAGCUCUCCGUAAAGCCCCGGAAAGUUACCACACAAGUGCCACGAUCACAUUUACUACAUCUUCAUCAUCAUGUGCUUUCCUUCCGCUCUACUGAAAUUCCAGCUGUUACAUAUUUUAUUCAUGUUCCUGUUACUUUAUAUUUAAAUCCUUGGUCUGUCAUCCAUGUUUUCUUUUCUCUUCCUGAUGUAACCGGUUACAAAAUAUUAUGAAUAAAAAAAAUACAAAUUUCAA